AUGUUCUUCACAUCCUCGGUCUGCUGGGCGGCAGGCCUCACCACCCUGUCAUGCCUGCUGAACCCGGUUCUCGCCGCGGACAUGGCUGCAUGGAAGACUCGAUCCGUGUACCAAACCAUGACCGAUCGGUUCGCUCGCCCGGACGGGUCGAUGACGGCUCCGUGCAACGCCUCCGCGGGCCUUUACUGUGGAGGAACGUGGAAGGGGACAAUGAAUAAGUUGGAUUAUAUUCAGGACAUGGGAUUCGACGCGAUCAUGAUUUCCCCGAUCGUAAAGAACAUCGAGGGUCGGGUCUGGUAUGGUGAAGCCUAUCACGGGUACUGGCCGCAGGAUAUGUACCAACUCAACCCCCACUUUGGCACCGAGCAAGAGUUGCAUGAUCUCGUCGAUGCUAUUCAUGCGCGUGGCAUGUAUAUCCUCCUGGACAGCGUCAUUAACAACAUGGCCUGGAUGACCCGCGGCCAGAACCCGGCCACGCACAUCGACUACUCCGCCUUGACCCCGUUCAACAACCAGCAGUACUACCACCCAUACUGCAAGAUCAAGAAUUGGAACAACUACACGGAUGCCCAACUGUGCCAAACAGGAGACGACCAGGUCGCCUUGCCCGAUCUGUUUACCGAACAUGAGGACGUUCAGAAGACACUGGAGGACUGGGCAACCGGCGUAAUCAAGAAAUAUAACAUCGACGGCCUUCGACUCGAUGCGGUCAAGAGUUUGACCCCGAGCUUCCUGGCCAAGUUUGUCAAGAACGUCGGAGGCUUCAUGACCGGAGAACAGUUCGAAAGAGACUCCAAGAUCAUCUGCGACUGGCAAAAGAACUAUAUCUCCAGCAUGCCCAACUACCCCAUGUACUAUUCCAUGGUCGAGGCCUUUACCCAGGGGAACAUGUCAGAUCUCGCUGUCCAAAUUGAGACGAUGAAGUCGCUUUGUGCGGACGUGACAGAGAUGGUCUCCUUCUCAGAAAAUCACGAUAUUGCUCGCGUUCGUGCGCUGAGGGACGAUCUCUCGAUUGCCAAAACCUUCCUCACGUUCACGUUACUGUUCGACGGGAUCCCCAUGCUCUAUCAAGGCCAAGAACAGUUUCUGGACGGGUUGUCUAGUCCUGAGAAUCGCCAAGCGAUCUGGCUCACGGGCUACAACUCCAACGCGCCCCUGUACCAGCUCACCAAGACCCUCAACAGCCUUCGGCGCCAUGCCCUUGAGCUGGAUCCUAACUACGUCAACAUCCCAACCUACCCCAUCUAUCGGGGUUCCAGUGAGAUUGCGGUCAGUAAGGGUGUGCAGGGUCGACAGGUCGUCACCGUCGUCACCAAUCAAGGUGUCAAGGGUGGCUCCUACACGCUCAUGCUGCCCGCGUCCUUCAACGCGAUGACGCCCGUGACGGAGAUCAUCACCUGUUCGAAUUACACGGUCGAUGCCCAGGGAUCGCUGGUCGUGCAGAUGGACAAAGGAGAGCCUCGGGUCUUCUUCCCGACACAGUUGAUGGAAGGCAGCGGAUUGUGUGGUUAUUCCAGCAAGAACGUGUCCUACACGGAACUCAAGACCGGCCAUGCGCCCACCAGGUCCUCGUCAGGAUCUCGGUCGAUGGGCAUUCUGGCGAUCGGCGAGUUCUCUUUCGUUCCAGUUGCCCUGCUGGCCGCCAUGCUGGGCUUCAUGGCGUUUGAGUGGCACGUCCCCGCGGAUCGGCGCCAUUGGACGCGGUUGAAAGCGGCGCUGCCGGACUUCAAGGCCCUCGGCGUGGAUCAGUUAUGGAUUCCCCCCGGGUGCAAGGGGAUGGAUCCGUUGGGGAAUGGGUAUGAUAUCUACGACCUAUAUGAUCUCGGGGAGUUUGAUCAAAAGGGAGCCGUGGCGACCAAGUGGGGCACGCGACAGGAGCUCGAGGAUCUGAUAUACCAGGCGGCCGCUUUGGAUAUCAAGAUCAUCUGGGAUGCGGUGCUGAAUCAUAAAGCCGGUGCUGAUUUUCCAGAAACGUUUUCUGCGGUCGAAGUUGAUCCAAAGAGACGAGAUAUUGAAAUUUCCCCACCAUCCGAGAUCGAUGGCUGGGUUGGCUUUGAUUUUGACGGUCGGGGAGAUGUGUACAGCGCGAUGAAGUAUCGCUGGCAGCAUUUUACCGGCGUUGAUUGGGACCAAAAACGUGAGAAGCAAGCCAUCUACAAAGUGCAUGCUCCUCACAAGGACUGGGCGUCCGAUGUGUCCCCCGAACUAGGGAACUACGAUUACCUCAUGUUUGCCAACUUGGACCUUUCUCACCCUGAAGUUCGCAACGAUCUCUUGAAAUGGGGCACCUGGAUCACCCAAACCUUAUCGCUGGGGGGGAUGAGGUUGGAUGCAGCGAAGCAUUUCUCGGCCCAGUUCCAGAAAGACUUUGCUGCACACGUUCGCCGCACCGCCAAUCCCGAUCUCUUCGUGAUCGGGGAAUAUUGGACGGCGGACGUGAAAGCUAUUGAAGGCUAUUUGGACCAGGUCGAGAACACGAUCGUGGCAUACGACGUGCCCUUGGUGGAACGAUUCUCCAAAAUCUCGCAUAUCCGGCACGCGGACCUUCGUGGAAUCUUUCGCGAUACUCUAGUCCAACGCCGGCCAGACCAGGCCGUGACCCCCGUGGCGCCGGCAUUCAAACUGCUGGCCUACGCAUUGACCCUUCUCCGCAAAGACGGCCGUCCGAGUGUAUUCUACGGCGACAUUUACGGCAUUUUGGGUGGAAACCACUCGACCCCGGUCGCGCCCCCGUGCAAUGUCCAGAUCCCCCUACUGACUCGCGCGCGGAAAUUAUAUGCAUAUGGCGAGCAAGAGGACUACUUUGAUCAACCAAACUGCAUAGGGUUCGUCCGAUAUGGGAACGCGCGUCACCGCUCUGGUCUUGUGUGCAUCAUCAGCAACGCCGGUGCCUCCAAAAAGCGCAUGUUUGUUGGUCGGUCGAAAGUUGACCAAGAGUGGGUUGAUAUCUUGGGGAAUCAGCCCAAUUCCGUACUUAUCGACAAAUGGGGUUAUGGAAUGUUUACAGUGGGUGGGAUGAGUGCCAGUGUCUGGGUCGAGUCCGCUGCGGUCGUCUCUGGUGGGAUGAGCACGCGUGAAAAGUUGUAA